AACAGACGCGGGCGGCGCAUAAAGGAGGACUCUCUGGAGGGCUCUCUGUCUUCAACUCUUUAGGCCGCAACACAGAACCAAACCCUCAUAGCAAACCUCCCAUACACAGCAACAACAGCAAAGAUGGCUGCCGCCGCCGAGGCCCUCGUGCCCAAGUUCAAGUUUGAACGCCAGCUGAACCAAGACCAAGCUGGCCGCCGCACAACCCUCCUCGGCUCCAUCGACGGGCAGCCCGCGGUCCUCGUCGUCGAGCGCGCGCCCUUCCCCACGUCGCCCGACUACCUCGCCUCCAUCACGGGCACGCUCGCGACGCUCAAGAACCUGGGCAGCAACGACAUCUACCGCUGGUUCAUGGCCAGCAGCGGUGCCGGUGCCGGGGAGGCCACAAGCAAGAACGACCAGGACCAGCACGCCGACCUCAAGAUCAACCUCAUCUGGCCCUGCACCGAGCAGCACGUCAAAAAGUACGGCAAGCAGGGGGUCCGGUUCGUGACCGAGACGCCCGAGAUCUACAGGGACAAGGUGCAGCCCUUUAUGCGGGCCAAGCGUGAGGAGGGGCGCCUGAACUGGGUCUACAACAUCAUCGAGGGCCGCAAGGAGGUGGAGGACGUCAUCUACCGGACCCCGCUGGGCGAGGCCGGCGACGAGGGGUUCCUGCUGCUGCCCGACCUCAACUGGGACCGCAAGACGACCGAGGCGCUGCACCUGCUCGCCAUAGUGGAGCGGCGCGACAUCUGGAGCCUGCGCGACCUGCGGCGGCGCCACCUUCCCUGGCUGCAGCACAUGCGGGCGCGGCUGCUCGAGGCAACCACGGGUGCGUACCCGGGCAGGAUCGAGGCGGACCAGCUCAAGCUGUACGUGCACUACCAGCCUACAUACUACCACUUCCACAUACACAUCGUGCACGUGCAGCUCGAGGCCGGCGCCACGCAGGCCACGGGCAAGGCCGUCGGGCUCGAGAGCAUCAUGGCGCAGCUCGAGAGCAUGGGGGACGGGGAGGACGCGGGUAUGGAUUCGGUGCCGCUGAGCUACACGCUCGGCGAGGCGAGCGAGCUGUGGACCGAGGUCUACGAGCCCCUCAAGAGGACUGGUACUUCUUCUCAAUAGCCGCCACCAGUUCGUUGACCCCCGGGCCCUGCGGGCACUCGACCCAUUCCCCUCCGUCGCGGAUGCACCAAACCUCGUCCGCAAGCCUCACGGUGCAGCUCAGGGUCACGCCGGCCUAUUUUCAUUUUGGUUUGGAUUUUCCAGUUAGACUGGGUCGUUUCACACGAAACGAUAAUGAGGUAGGUAUAUACCCCAUAGAACGCGUACCUUUUCAGUUCUUUGAACACUCUCCCUGAGCAUAUCAGUGCCGUAAGCGCCGUUGUCUU